CUUCCGUGUUUUAGCUACUUUCGCUGCUGCAAAGCAUGCACAAAGUCAGAUUAGCUAGCACAACUCACAAAACCUCAUCUAAAACAGCAAUUUUGUAGCCGUAUUGUCGUAGGGAUGUUGCAACGUCCCAAGCCAACAGACUCUGAGGCAGACCUCCUGAAGGAGCAGCAGGAGUUCAUCAAGUCUGGAGGUCUGUCCGCUGCUAGCGUAUUCCGCCGUCCUGACAAGAGGAGAGGCGAGGCAGGGGGAGACGCACAGGACGCUCAUAUUGGUCACACUGACGAGAGUCAGAGGGAUGUGGUCACCAUUGAAGAUCUUCCGGAUGAGCUUCCCUCUCUAACACCAGCACCUCCCAAAAAGUCCCGCUUCAAAAACAACCGCGUCACCUUCGAGGAUGAAGACGCUGGGGUGACACUGGACAGACAUGACACCCACAUCAGUGCUGUGCUCUCCAAGAUCGUUGAGCGAGAUACCACUUCCAUUCCAAUAUCUCUACCAGAAGUUACUGGCAUGGCGUUCCCCAAAGUACUACACCGCUCAGCAAGCAGCACUCAGGAUCCUUUCCCUGCCACGGGUAGGAAAAAGAGCAUAUUUGCUCAUCAGAUCGCUGCUCAGAGACUAAAAGAAGGCAAGCUUCCGUUACACUUACCGUCGCAAACCCCACAGAAUCCCGAACUAAGCGAGCAGAACCUUCCUCCACAGAGAAAUAUGGAUAUAGAUCUGAGUAAUCCGCCGGUGUCAAUUUCAAGGCUGGUGUCUGGUCAGGGACUUGGGGGCCCAAACAGCUCAGAUGAAACCAGGAGGAUCCACAGGGAGAACCAAGACAAGCUCCUGGCUAUGUCCCAGUCAGAGAUACUCGAGGAGCAAAAUAAGCUCCUAUACCAGCUUGAUCCAAGGCUGGUGGAGUUUGUUCGAUCCCGCCGAGCUGAGAGCUCCGCAUGCAAACACCCUGAGGGCAAAAGCAGGGAAGGAAGUGUUCAUUUCAGUUCAGGCUCCUCCAGCGGCGCCGUGCCCUUUUCAAAACUCAAAGACGUGACGAUGACAGAGGAAGAAGUGUCUCCGCAAUCUGCAAAUACUGAUCUUCCAGUAAGACCUCAGAAGGAAUGGGUCCACAUGGAUCAAGUGGAGCCAGAUAAGCUGGAGUGGAUGGGGAACCUGCCUGCACCUAGAAAAACUCGAACCAAACAGGCAAUGCAGGCCCGCUUUGAUUUUAACGGAACUUUAAUCCCUCCGACGGAGGAUUUACCCACCCACCUGGGUCUGCACCACCAUGGGGAGGAGCCUGAGCUUGCUGGUUAUUCCCUGCAGGAGCUCUUUCUGCUGUCUCGCAGUCAGCUCAUACAACAGAGGACUCUGGCCCUCAGCACCCUUGGAAACAUCCUCUCAAAGGCUAGUGCUGGAGAAUACCAUUCAACUCUGAAAGGCAGCAUAUUGUCGACUCUCCUCGAUGCUGGCCUGAUUUUCCUGCUCCGCUUUGCGCUGGAUGAUGGCGUGGAAGGAGUGAUGGCCGCCACCGUCCACGCACUCAGAGCGCUUGUUGUGUGCACAGAGGACGAGGAGUGUUUGGACCUCACCUUCUCCUGGUUUCGUGGCCUGGCAUCCUUCCCUCUGUUGCCGUCGAAAGAGGAAGAGGAAGAAGACGACAAAAGUCUGGAUGAUAUUUUGAAAGAGACAGCCAAGGAGAAGGAAGAGAGGAAGACUGAUUAUGAUGUGGCCCGGCAGGACAUUGUUAAGGGCCUCUUGAGGAUGAAACUGCUCCCCAGAUUACGUUAUAUCCUUGAGGUGGUCCGACCCUCUCCAAGGGUUGUCCAGGAUAUUCUGGAGGUCUUGACUCGCAUUGCCAGACAUUCCUCUUCAUCUGCCACUCAGGUUUUGGACUGUCCUCGCUUGAUGGACACAGUGAUGUCCGAGUUCCUUCCCACUUCUUGGACUACACCGUCUUUGCCUCUUCCCCAGUCUGUUUAUGGGCUCCCUCUGGCCUGUGCCAUGAAGCUCUUAAGGAUUUUGGCUACAUCUGGCAGACAUGCAUGUGCCAGACUGUUGAACUCUUUCGGUGUGAGGGAACGUUUGUCCCGUCUUCUCAGUGUUGAGCCCAGUGAGCUUCUACUGGAGCCACGCGAAGCCCUCAGGAUCACUACGGAGUCCUACAGGAUGUGGGCUGUAGCAGCAGGCUAUGGCCAGGCCUGUGACUUAUACAUAGACUUGUAUCCUGCCUUAGUGAGGGCGUUGCAGUCAUUUCACAGAACACUGGCUCCCUCAGAUCCUCUGUUGCAGCCGCAGCUCCAGCGGGUUCUGGCUCUGCUCUCUCUGUUUACUCAGGUCACACACACUGCCGGUUGCCACCAGGAACUGCAGCUCGGAAUGGUUAGUUCUGCAGGAGAUGAAUGUCCUCCUCCUCCUCCGGUGUCAUGGGGGCAUGUCACAGGCCUACCUGCACCCCUAUUGGGCCAUUUGAAGAGUUUUGUAAAAGCCCUUGAUCAUCCAGAACAGAGAGACAUCAGUGUGAUUCUGAUGCCAGCUUACCUGCUUUACUUUGCGGCGUUCUAUCGUCAGCUCUCCAAACAGAGCUGUUUUCAGCCUGUGGAAACUCUUCAUGAACUGGAACAGCUGACGUCUGGAGUUCUCAUUCCCGUGAUAUCCCAUAGUGUUUUGCAGGACCUGAUAAAGAACUUGAAGUCUUCUUCAGUAGUGUGCAGUGACAAGUCUAGUCACGUGCAUCCAGACACUUCUCCCAGCCUUCCUGGUUUGGCUUGCCCAGGAUGGAGGGACCGUCCGGGGUUGAUGGUGUCCUCCUCACCCUUCCCUCUCCUCACAGGCCUCAUGCUUCUCUUGGAAACAAUCGUAGGCAUCCAUAAAGGUCUCACCUGCAAGUUCACUGGCCUCCUCGUAUCAGAACCUGUGAUUGUUUACCUGCGAAGCAUCAGUCAGGCCACGCCCACCCUGUCCCACAGCCAGGCCUGGCUUCUGCACCACGAACACCACCUCAUCUACCUGCUGCUGCGCUUGGCGUACAGAUCGGUUCCCAUUGAAUCCCAAGUUGCAAAGCAUGCCCCGCUUUACCACCAGGUAGCGCUUGUUCUUAUACCGUGGUUAUUGCCAGGCAACGAGAACCUUGCUCAUGACCUGCUCUCCACCCUCAUCUUCAGCAAGGACUUUAUAUCAGAGAGCCACAGUGGAGGUCCAGAGGCCAUCGAGCUCGGUGAGCUGAAGCUGCGCGAGGACGCAAGCCAUCACACGUCUCCUUCGCUGCAAACCGUGGGAGCUCUCCUGAGAGAAGCUUGCAAGAACCUGCCGUCCAUCCGGGGCUGCUUUCUGACUCACCUGGCCCAUAUGGAGUCAUCCGUGCUGGUGUCGCAAAAUGCUCUACUUGGCCGCAGCCCCUGGAUUAAAACCCACCUCCUCCCAGAGCUGACCGGUCCCAUUCUUCCGUUGGACUGGCCUUUCCUCCCACUCGUUAGCCUUUAUGAGAAAACAGGGGCGUCUUGUGGUGGAGGGCUUGUUGUAGAUGAGCUCCCACAUGGGGCUCUCCAGACGGUCACCCAAUGUCUGCAGUGGCUGCUGGUGCUGGAAGUCUGGAGGGAAGAAGCCCUAAAGGUGAUCCUUCCAGUCGCAAAGCUGGCGCGGCUGUCUUGUGUGUUCCUGUGUUCUAGUGACUUGUUCCUGGAGAAACCCAUUCAGAAACUGACAUGGGGUCUGUUCAGGCUGCUUACCAGGCCAUCCAGGCUGGACUCCUUGGACCUGAAUAUCCCUCCCCCAGGCCUUGCAUCCUUCCAGGAUUUGUAUUCGGCCCUCUUGACUCAGUACGAAGCCGUGUCCUUUGGUGAUCGCCUCUUCGGCUGCUGGAUUCUGUUGCCGCUGCAGAGGAAAUUCAGCACCCCCAUGAGGCUGGCGGUGUUCGGGGAACAUGUGGGGAUUCUGAGGUCACUGGGCGUCACUUCAGAUCAACUUUCCAUCGCAAUGGAGCGCUUCACUUCUCCGCCUGAAGACUCCCUCCCUCUUGUCCGUCUCUACUUCCGUUCGCUUGUUACCGGGAGUCUGAAGCCCUGCUGGUGUCCUGUCCUAUAUGUGGUGGCUCUGGCUCACGUCAACAGUUUUGUCUUCUGCCAAGAUGCUGCCACACAGGAAGUGGCUGCAGUGCGUCAAAACAUGUUGAGGAAAAUCUACUACAUGACAGAUGAGGUGUUAAAGAACCACUUGCUGCUUUUCCGCCAGGCCAAGCAGGACUCAAAGUUGGGCUUCGAUACUUACGCUCAGUUGCCUCCCGUAAGAGCGAAGCAUCUGGAGAAAGUUGUGGGUCUGCAGAAUGGCACCUGCAACGAUAGAGGAGGGGAGCAGUGAUGGGGAAAAAAGAAGCUUGGACUUGUCAAAAGUGGACUUUGGAGCAGGUGUGCUUUCCUCAUGACCCCAUCAUGUUUUUCCCAACUUUCUGGCUUUAGUUUGCACUGAUUAUUAGCAUCUCAGACAGAGGAAUUAUGAUUAUUAGCAGGAUUCUGCCAAAACUACUUUUACACUUGAAAUAAAUGGAAGCGUAUUUGUCAUUUCUUAGCAAA